CUUGCAAAAUAGUGUCCCAAAAUAGGCCACGGUGUUGAAUUUCUUUCAAUAUACGGAGUAUGUGGUUGUUAGUCUACACAUAAUCCUUGCCUAGCUAACUCCUGUCCCCAUCCAACUAUAUUCCACCAUUAUCGACAUCCUUCAAUUAAUCGGCAACCAAAAGCUACCGCUAAAACGUCCCCCUUAAGCAAAAGUCCACCUUCUUCCCCCAUCCCUAUCUCCUUUCCGAUCAAUCUCCGGCAAGGGUAGUUUAGGAAUAUAUGGGAAUAGUGGAGGAAGCCCACAACGUGCGGGUCUUGGGCUCGGGGACUCGGACUGUGGUGCUUGCUCACGGGUUCGGUACAGACCAAUCCGUGUGGAAGCACCUCAUUCCGCACCUGGUAGAGCAGUACCGGGCGGUGGUUUUCGACAACAUGGGCGCCGGCACGACCAACCCCGACUACUUUGACUUUGACCGCUAUGCAACGCUGGAAGGCUAUGCGUAUGAUGUGAUCUCGAUCAUGGAAGAGCUUCAACUGCAGUCGUGCGUUUACGUCGGCCACUCCGUCUCCGCCAUGAUCGGUGCCAUCGCCUCCAUCGCCCGGCCGGAACUUUUCACCAAAAUUGUAGCCAUUUCUGCCUCUCCCAGGUAUCUGAACGAUGUGGACUACUAUGGGGGGUUUGAGGUAGAAGAUUUGGAGCAGCUAUUCGAUGCAAUGCGAUCAAACUACAAAGCAUGGUGCUCAGGAUUUGCACCAUUGGCCGUCGGAGGGGACAUGGAUUCCGUCGCGGUUCAAGAAUUCAGCCGGACGUUGUUCAACAUGCGGCCGGACAUAGCUCUCUGUGUGCUCCAAACCAUAUUUCAGAGCGACCUCCGACAUCUCUUGAGUCACGUCACCGUGCCCUGUCACAUAAUCCAGAGCAUGAAGGACUCCGCGGUGCCCGUUGUCGUCUCCGAGUACCUUCACCAGAAUCUCGGUGGCGACUCCGUCGUGGAGGUGAUGUCCACCGACGGCCAUCUUCCGCAGCUAAGCUCGCCGGAUGUCGUGGUUCCCGUCGUUCUCAGACACAUUCAAUACGAUAUAGCAACUUAAUGUAAAUGCAACUGGACUAGUUUAUUUCAUGGAAGUUACUAUUUAAAUUCUCCACUUGUUUUGAAAAAUUGUGUUUUGAGUGGGAGAAAUGCAGUUGUGUUCGUGUUUGUUAUUAUGAGAGGAGAAAAUUGUUAGUCGUACAUAGGCUAAAGGGUUAGGUACAUGAACUUAUUUAAAGUGUUCAAUUAGACCCUUAUAUAGGAGGUUCUGCACGGACGUCGUCAAUUGGGAUGGUUUCUGGUGGAAUUUUUUGAUGAAAUUUUUUGAGGAUCUUCUUCAUUAAGUCUAGUUUACCCAUACCAAAUUUCAGCUAACAAUUCAACUGGGAAGGCAGUGAAAUGAUUUUUUGAAGAUAACUGUUCAGUUAAACAGCGCAGUACAUUUCGGAAAAUCAUUUGACUGUCUUCUCGAUUUAAUUUUUAGCUGAAAUUUGGUAUGAGUAAACUAGACUUAAUGAAGAACAUGCUGAAUAAAUUUCAUCAAAAAAUUCCACCGGGAACUUCCCUAAUUGGUGACGACCGGGCAGAACCUUCUAUAUAUGGGUCUAAUUGAACACUUUAAGUUAGUUCAUGUACCUAUUUGACGCUUUAGCCUUGUAUAUAUGUUUCCAAAGAAUGAAGAGGUUGUGAGAUAUCCCAAAAAGUCAUAGAAAAUUAUCACUCAACCAGCAGAUCCAAUGGAUUUUAAGUGUGUUUGGAAAAUUAGACAUAAGGAGAUGGAGGAUUUUUUUUUGAGAGAAAUAAAGUAGUCUAAUACGGA